GACAAGUGAGUUUUUAUUGGGAUAAUUAGAGCUUUUAUUGUUGAGGGGAGGUGGUAUCGUCAUUUCAGGUUUUGGCCACUUCUAAGGUCUUGUUGUAGAAAAUUUAAACAUUUAAACCCUAUCUGAGAAACAUUGUUGUGACACCAAGUUGAUAUAUAUAUAUAUAUAUAUAGUUUGAUAGUGUUAGGGAGCAUUAUUUUCCUCAUAAGAUGGUUAGGAGCACAACACUGCCAUAGUUGCAAAAAUUGAACUAGACGAGACAUCCAAAGUUCGAAACUAGGUGUAUUAUGGAGGAUUUUCUCCCCAUGUAUAGUGGACCCGAGAAUGCUGGUUGUCAGUAUGGGCCUCCAUGGGCAUUUACCCAAGUUGUCGGUGGAAAACUUCUGUGGGGCUGGACCAACCACCCUAGGAUUAGUCGAGCCAACUGCCAAAGGCUUGAAUACCUUGUGCCAACUAAAAAAAAUUGAACUAGACGAGCUUUAGGUCAUAAGUUCAUUGGUCAAACUAAUGGUUUAAAUCAUUCAAAUUACAGAGUGACCUAAAAAAGCUAAUUGGUCUAACUGAACCAGAUUAUUUGGUAUAGUUGCAUAUCUAUUGCAUCUAUUUAACAUAAAAUUUGGCCCGAAAUGUUCUUAUGAAAAAUCAUAAUGAUACAUGAAUUAAUGUAAAAAAAUAAUUUACUAGCAUAUAAAGAACAAAUAUUGAUGUAUAAAUAACAUAACAAUCUUGCAAUUAUAUUUUAAAUGGAGGGUUCUAGGGAUUUUUUGGAUUCAUUUAUUAAUAGGGUAGCUUAAAAUAUGAAAAAUGAUAAUUUUUGUUCUACAAAAUUAUAUGAAAUUGUGAAUGAGCAUUUUUUUUGGCAGUUCAAGGCACACUACUAAACUGACCUGGUUUUCUGAAUACCAGACCGUUCUUACAAUUCUGUGAAAAUUGUCUAGUUGUAUCAGUUUUAUAACACAUUCGAUCUGGGAACUAAUCUGAGUUGUAGAGACCUUUGGUUUCUGUUUUAUUUGUCCAACCAGUGUUCGUUCAGCAUAACAUUUAGUUUUCUUGCACACUGUGGAAGUGAAAAACAUAGCGAACAUGAAGAAGGCAAAGACUCAAACCAAAAGAACUCAAGUCUAGAGAUUUGCAAUGGAUCCUGGCAUGGAGCAACUUCGGCAAACUUUGGUUGAGGUUGAAACAGAAGCUGAGGAACUUUUUUUAGCAAGACAUCAGCUUGUAGAAAAUGAUAGACUUAAGAAUGCUAAUAGAGAAGCUCUGACAGCCCUUCGUAGGAGAGCUCAGACUACAAAGAGUAGUGUUCCAUCACCCUUUGAAGCAGUCAUGCGAGAAAUAGAGGGAACCAAGGAAUUAGUUAAGGAGAUAUGUCCAACAUGUGGAGACCAUGACUUCAAGGAGCAUACAUGGAUGAUGUUUCCAGGAUCCGAUAUUUUUGUUCGCAUGCCAUUCCAUGCAGCUCAUACCACUUUGGAAAAAGAUCAGGAACGGCUGGACUAUGACACAAAAAAACUGCAGAGCUAUGUGAAGGAAAAAUCUCUUCUGAUUUCAGAAAGAGGAGCUCUUGCUGACAGGAUAAGCCCUGACAUCGUUAACUCUUUGAUUACAUUAACAGAUACCCGUAAAUGAGCGAGUAUUUCAACUUCUCUAUGAGACAUGCUUAUUGUGCGUUAAUCAUAUCUAGUAAUUAUCACUGCAAUGAAACCCACAUGUUCUAACAGUUUUUUUGCUGGUUCUUUGACUCAAACUUUGGAUUCCUAGCAUUUUAGCCAGCGCCUCUUUCACCUGAUGGUGAUGGGUGUUCCUUUUUUUGCUUCAGUUUUUCACUUGAGUUGGUGGCCUUUAACUUGCUCGACAUUGAUUUGAUCAGCUUGCUCAGUUCUCUUGGACACACAAGAAGUGUUGACUUAGUUUGAUGCUUGCUUGUGUUCUUUUGUUUCUAGCAAAUGCUUGAUUUUCAGGCUCGAAGGUGCCUGCCUAUCUUAGAGAUUAGGAAUUUUGUUCAUGCCGAUGAGCUUAUUCUAGUUGCACUUGAGCCUACCUUGAAUCUAAAAGAUUAUUAAUUCAAAAUGGCUCACUAAAGAUGUCUUUGUCAAUGUACCAGCCUUUGGGUGUUUAUACUAAAACUUUAUCAUGCUUUAUGGGUGUA